ACAAAUAGCCCUGGGCUCCCAGGCUGCUCAGCCCAGCUCCUCAGCGCUCACGGUUUGCUCAGCUGAACGCUCAGCCGCAGGAACCAUGAAGCUGGCCCUGUCUCUGCUGCUGGUCACUCUGGCCCUUUGCUGCUCUGACGCAAAUGCAGAAGUCUGUCCAGUUAUUGAAAAAGAAGCGAAUAAGUUCAUCAUGAAUAGGAAUCUAGGCUUCUUAGGGACCCUUCUGAAGUUGAACGCACCCAGAUCCUUCUACCAGGCUGUGUUGGAUGUGAAGCAUUGCACAAACAGCAUCUCCUAUUCUGGCAGAAAAAAAAUCAACAACGUUGUGGAGGCUAUAGUGGACAAGUGCAACGAAUAGAUUCCACAAACCUCACCUGAGUGGGCCCCUGCUUUCAAGGAUGCCCUGACCUUCCCUGGAAAAUGUAGAGGUUUCAACGUCUUGCUUCAAUAAAUCACUUGCCCUGCA